AUGAUGAAGGAAAAAAGGCGAGACUUGCUCACGGCGAGUCGAUGCGGACGCGAGAGGAAGCAAAAUGAUAAUCGUAUUCGAUAUCUUUGUGUAUCCACGUGUGCGGACGCAGACGAGACUGAGAAGCAGGCAUCGAUGUUUAGUAGCUUUUUUCCGCCUCGUGGGACACCCAAUAGUGACGAGACUGAGAAGCAGGCAUCGAUGUUUAGUAGCUUUUUUCCGCCUCGUGGGACACCCAAUAGUGCGUGGGACCAGGCCAAGCCGGGGAAUUACGACGAAUUUUUAUUAUGGAAGAAAUGGUUCAAGAAACUUACUGGUCACAGGUCACGGCCAGACAUUUCAAGAUUGUACGAGGAAUUGCCCGGUGAUCCGACGCAAGUUGCAUGCAAGGAUUCCAUGUACCUGUUCAGUGGUGGCCUCGUCGAGUCACUGAACGGAUCGGCGAACUUCUCCUCAUCAGUACUGACAGCUAGAUGGGAUAAUGUAUAUGCGUACGACUUGAAAGCGGAUUUUCUUGACGCUGGAGCGAACGAUGAUGAAAGCGAAGAUGUGUUACACAUUCCGCGUAUUGAAAACAUUGGAGAAUUCGACUGUGAAGACCCGGAUGAUCCCAUCGGACAAAUUUGUUCUCAGUAUCGUGCUACCGACGAAGCAGUUUUGGUUGCCGUAAGAUUUCCCAAGGAGUUGAAGUUUCUCGAGCUUUCGAGAUCUUCUGAAGUCGAAGGUGGCGAAAUUUCGUUCAAAAAAAUUGGCUCGCCGUCGAUUGAACUUGAGUGCAUGAAAACUGCACGGUUCGCUCACUUCGAGUUUGACUCUUACCGACCGGGUAUCGGUUUGGCUUCCAUGUCAAAUGGCGGAAUUUUUGCGUAUGAUGUGGAAACUGAUUAUCUUUCCAUUGUUGCUGUUGCCUUGUCAAAAGAGGACUCGAGACCAUUUGAGCCAUGGUACAAAACGCUUCCGACAAAGCAUCCCUACGUGGCGUAUUGCGCGGAUAGAACACGAUUUAGAAUCCUAGAUUUGAGGAUGACGGCAGUUUCGAGCUCGGUUUCUGAAUUCUCCAUCGUAAAGCCGGAUGAGAAAAUCACGGAAGAAGUUUUCAACUUGGAGGUCAUUCGAAGUCCGAACGUGGAGGAAAGUAAAAUAUUGGUCAUCACGAGCAACGACGUCCUAUGCUUUGAUCGUCGUUUUCUCGGCCCUCGUCCUAUUUGGCGGAAGAAGCAUCUCAUGGAUUGUGCUCCUUUGUAUGCGACUUUCCUUCCCGAAAGUGUUGACGGACAACCCAUUUCAGAAGAGCAAAAUGCCAUUGCUAUCACGAGCAACGACGUCCUAUGCUUUGAUCGUCGUUUUCUCGGCCCUCGUCCUAUUUGGCGGAAGAAGCAUCUCAUGGAUUGUGCUCCUUUGUAUGCGACUUUCCUUCCCGAAAGUGUUGACGGACCACCCAUUUCAGAAGAUUAUCCACCGGGAUCUUUGGUACUAGCUGGACACGAACCCAACGCAAUAUCUAUUUUCGAUUUGAGGGAAGAAGGAAGAAGAGCACCGAGUGAGCAAAUGGCUUUCGAAGCCCCGAUGACGAGUCUCGGUGGUUGCGAAAUCCGUCCAUUUUGGAGCUAUAGAUCAUUGGCAACUCCGCAGGAAGUUUGCAGGCGCCUCGUGGAAAGAGGAGAAUUUAUGACCGAUAAAUCGAUGGACGAAUGCGGUCUGCCGAUGCUCGGAUUUGCGAAUCAUGUCGUCAAUCUCCCGAAGCAAGGUAAAAUGCAGACCCUCCUGACGACUAUCGGCACGGGAUGGAACACCUUAUUUGCCAGCGUUAAAGUUGAAACGGAGUCCGAAGAAAAGUGUGCUGAUGUAUCCUACCAGUUUUGUGAAGGAACUUACAGAAGCGUCUUCGAUCCACGAGAGAACGAGAAAGGGCAGAGGUCCGUCGAUGUGUUUGUGGGAAUGCCUCCACAUCUGAAGAGAGUUGUCGUAGGAACACCCAAGAAACCCGGGUUUCGAAUCAGACAGCGUAUUGUCGGAGACAAGAAGCUGUUCGACAGCAAAAGCGAGUCAUUGAGAAAAUUCACUCGAGAUAUACUGGAUAAGAAGCGUGAAAUCGCGUUUGCCGGCGGUGAAAGUUUCGAACACUUGUGCCGUGGUGAAAAGUGUGAUGGCUCAUUGAACGGGGGAAACGCUGAUUUCAAGUUGGAAAACAUGGACGUUGAGUCGAGUGUCGCGGAAAUUGAAGCCAAAAUCGCGUCCGCCAAGUACUUGUUCGUCCCCGGAAUGAUGAGCAGUCUUUAUUUGGAGGACGAAUCCGGGGGGGAAAUGAACAAAGUGGCGAAAGAAGCCCUGGCCGAGAUCCGGAGGCACAUGGAAAUCAUCCCGACGAAUUCCCCGUAUUUGCCAGGGAAGAAUGUUGAGUUGAAAUUGAGCGAACCGGAAUUUACGGAAGAGGAGCGCGAAUUUUUAUUUGGCGGUGAAUCCGAGCAGCCCGUAGUUUUGGACAACUUGAUGAAAGAAAUUCUUGCCAACACCGUCGAUGAGAGAAGUCUGAGAAAGACUGUGGUCAAGUUGGAUGAGACAGAAGUGAAGCGCAAAGUUGCGGAAAUGAGCAUAUCGAGUUUCAUGGACGCCACGCAGAGCACCGACUUGAGUCAAUGCGAAGCAUCACUAGCCGAAGAAAAGGUGGAGAAGUACGACUUUAGGAAGGCCUGUGCCGAUAUUCCGAUUCGGUGGAGAAUCCCGAGAAGUGGUAAGCAUAGUAAAAUUGCCCCUCAUGGACCAUCGAGAAUCGCCGAUAGGUUGAACAAGGGCAAAUACGGUCGCAUGAUGGAACCGACUAUUGCAGCUGCUGAAGCUUUGUUAAUGAAAGAGGUUUAUGCCAACAAGGGUUUGUAUCUCGGAGAUGCGAAGAAAGUCGGUGGAGAGUUUUGGGGCACCAUGCGGAGAAAGCGGUUGUUGGCAGAAUUUUUGGAUAUCACGGGAACUCCGCAGGAAAAGUCUAAAUGGCGUCCAGUGUCUUCUUUGAAUGUUUCUAAAGUUGCGAGAGCAAUGGAAAGAGAAGGCAUUCCCCUGAGCUCGAAAACUGGGAUAAUGUUGAAACAACCAGAAAGAAUGGAUGAGGACGACAGUGAGGACGAACAAGAGAGUAGUGAUGACGUGGAGGAAAUAUCCGACGACGAGGAAAGAUAAUGUUGGUGAUACAUCUGGAGAAUUGAUUUCGUUGAAUCGAGUACGUGCCUUCGUAUAUUAUUUCUGCUUCGAAUCGAAUAUUUUCGCGUUUUGUUAACGUUGAUUAGUGAAACCAUUGGUAUGAAGCGAGAUCUCAAAAAACAUCUUUGCGUCUUA